AUGAGCUGUUCAGUGGACGAUUACUAUGACAAUAAGGAUAUGUGCCCGAUCUGCAAGACAGACCGAUAUCUGUCGCCAGAUGUGAAGUUUCUAGUGAAUCCCGAAUGCUACCACAGGAUUUGUGAGUCAUGUGUGGAUCGUAUAUUCAGUCUUGGACCUGCACAAUGCCCCUACAAGAAUUGUGAUAAGAUUCUGAGGAAGAAUAAGUUUAAGACGCAGAUCUUUGAUGAUGUGGCGGUGGAGAAAGAGGUCGAUAUUCGUAAACGGGUGUUUUCUGUGUUCAAUAAGAAGCUGGAUGAUUUUGGGGACAACUUAGAGGAGUAUAACAAGUACUUGGAGGAAAUAGAGGAGAUAGUUUACAAUCUGGACAAUGGGGUUGACGUUGCCACGACAGAAGAGAAACUGCGGGCGUAUGAGGAGCUCAAUAGGCAGCUGAUCAUGACCAAUAUAGAGCGUAACAAGCAAGACUUGGAGAGUUUCGAACAGAGACAGCAGUUCGAGAAGGAAAUGAAGAUGAAGAAGCGGAUGUUGCUCAAGCAAAUUGAAGAGGAAGACAGGAUGAAUAAAGAAUGGGCCAAGAAAGAAAUCGUGAAUAGGCUAUCGAGCGCAGAAGAUGUCGAUGAUGUUAUAGAAGGCGUUAAGAAUACAGUUAAGUUGAAAAAAUCGUCAGCCAGAAGGAAGUUGGAGGAGCUGAAUAGGGUUAUGAUGAAUAACCCAUAUCUAGCGGCCAACAGUGGUGGACCCAGAAAGGACACCGUCCCCUUCACGCCCUUCAAUGGUGACAGAGAUGUCUCGAAACGAUACACACUAGAGGAGUCGCUCUACAGCGACCCAUUCAUCAAAGAUCUGCAAGAGAGAAAAGAUUUCGUCGCCUCGGGCUUCAGGGUAGAUUAUGUUUACGAGCGAAUGCUUACUGAGGCGUUCAUGGGUCUCGGAUGUGUCAUUAGCGAAGAACUACAAACCUCUUAA